AAGGAGGUCGGCCGCCUCGGCCGGGCAGGCUUCGAUAGUCCGCAUUUUUGCCAUAGCUCGAAUUCCAGCAGCGGCAGCGAGCGAGUGAGAGAGUGACGGGAUGUGCGGAAAUCUGUGAGGAGACCUGCAAGCCGCCCGCCGAUCGAUACCUCACCGACACCCGAGCCAACGCUCCACAGCCGGACAGAGGACAGGGGGACUCGUGACACGGAAUCUUGGUGCUUUCUCGUCGAUGGUUCACGCAAAGGAAUUCGGGCGCGCGACCACUUGAUCGCUUUUCGGCCAUCGGCCCCUUUUUAUCGCCCGUGCAGUUUCUUUUCCUACCUCCACUUCCUCUGCACUGAUAACAACAGUCACUAAAAACAGUGCUCACAGUUCAAGACAGUACUUUUAUUAUGAAAACACUUUCGCAAAAAUUGAAACAACACAUUCGUCAAGAAAUGGACAACUCGGUGGUAGAGUCGCCCUUGGAGGUACUAUCAAGAGCUGCCACUAUGGUGCAGCUGGGCGUCGCGAAAGGCGACUCUCUUGGAAAGGAGGUGCAGCCGUCAGCGCGGUGGCGCCGUGAGCGUCGACCAUGCCCGACGGCACGGGCGCCGCGGCCGAUGCUUGCAAACAACAACGACGACGACAGUCCACUAGACAUGAGCACACGGGGCCGACGGGGCUCAGAUGAGGCGGCGUCCAAUGCGGGGCAACGUGGAGGGCCCAGCGACAGCGACCCAGUCAUCGAUGAGCACUUCCGGCGCUCACUCGGCCAAGACUACCUCGCCAUCUUCCCACCCUCCGCGCACACAGGCCCAGCCGCUUCCAGUGCCGCCUCCGCCGCCCUCAACAAACGCACCCCUUCUCCCAACAAAACCCCAUUUGAUCCCUCAGACGAUGCCACAUUCACGCCGCUCACAGUGGAUGACCACUUUGCAAAGGCAUUGGGAGAAACGUGGCACCAAUUGCAGGCUUCAAAGAAGGACAACGAAGACAAAAGCUCGUCAUCAACGCCUUCGUCAGCAUCUUCAACGCCUCCGGCAUCGCCCUCCGUCGUCUCAGCAGCUGUUUAAGCAAUUGACAAAGCAUGAGAUGACCUAUUCAGUGAGUUUGGACACUAGUGCACAUGUAAAUAAUUAAUCAAUAUCUAGACAAUGUCGUCAUAGUGAGAGUGUGAGAAAUGAAGUUAUAUUUUAAAGAGAGGAGCUGACUCUGGCUCCUCUUUUUCUAGAUUUGUGUAUUUAUUUUAUUUUAUCUUGUAUUCUUAGUCACAAGUGUUAAGUUAUUAUCAAAUGACAUUAUUAAACAGAUGGUAAAUAU